CUUGGGUAUAAAAGCCACUGGCACUCUGACCACCAAGUGCAGUUAAAUUUUUGGAAUAAGCAGCUCUACAGUUAACCACUAUGAAGUAUAUCGCAUUGGCCCUUUUCAUUUGCCUGUUGGCUGUGGCUCUGGUUGCCGCUGUGCCAGUGGAUGAGACCUUGCAGGGCGAUAACAUCUACGGCCAGGCUGAUGACGUGCACAAUCCCUACGAUGCUCAGGCCAUAUUCAAGCUGAAGAAACUGAAGAAGCUGCUGUUGGGCUAGGUCCAAAUGCCUGCCAGCCAACUAAACCUGUUGACUCUAGUCUAAAUACCACGUAUGAAACUGGGAACCUAAACCUCUCCGCUUGGAAUACAUUAAACGCUUCGCUUAGAGUCGUAAACGCACAAAUCAAUUGCAUACUCAUCCUAUCUGUAUACGUAACACAAUAAAUGUAAUUCUCAUAAAAUCCAACAACACAAA